AUGGCCUCGGAUGCUAUAUUUCGUGCAAACGAUGCCAUCAUUGAUGGUGUAACGAGUGGUGCCAAAAUCGGUGGGAAAGGUCUCAGAAGUGGUGCCAAACUUGGUGUGAAAGGUGUCAGAGGUGGUGCCAAGCUUGGUGUGAAAAGUGUCAAAGGCGGUGUGAAAGGAGUCAAGGGUGGAGUGAAGGCAAUCCAGACUGCAGGUGGAUUUGUGAAGAAGAAUUCAAAAUAUUCGAAAUUUGCAUGGUCCUCCAGGAUCACAGCACCUCUUAUCAAACUCGAUUUGGAAAUUUCUUGUCACAAUCUGCCAAAGAAAGACUUGUUAAGUCAAGCAGAUGCCUUUUGUGUACUAUGGAAAGCACCAAAUGGAUACGCACCAACUGCCGAAAAGGGAGUUCCGAGUCAGUUGCCUGGCCACGCAGAAGAUGAAAUCGGGAGGACAGAAAUCGCUAGAGCUACUGUCAACCCAACAUUCAAGCAUACAUUUAGGUUAGAAUAUAUAUUUCACGAGCAGCAAACUUAUGUUGUUAGAGUUUAUGACGAGGAUUUGCGUUAUGCCACCGAUUUGAAGGAACAUGACUAUCUUGGGGGUUACAUCUUUACACUUGGACAGCUAAUGGGAGCAAAAGGAUGCAGCGUGGCCAAGAAGUUGUUGAGAGAAAAUGCCUUCAUGGUUGUGACAGGAAAUGAAACGAUGGAAACUUGUGAAGUUUUAGAAUUCAGAUUAUCCGCUCAGGAUUUGGUGAAGGAAAGAAGUCUCUACGAACAAAGAGUUGUCGAUAGAUGUAAUCCUUACUUCCGCGUGGAGAAGUUGAAUAAAGAUGAUCAAAGCUGGGAUGUUAUUUGGAAAUCAGAAGCUGUCAAACGAAACACCUCCCCUACGUGGAAGGAGGCCCGUCUCCCGCUUCAAAUGAUAUGUAAUGGAGAUUUGGAUAAUCCAUUGAAGUUAACAGUUUGGGAUUACGAUAAGGACUAUCGUUUGAUUGAUUACAUUGGGUUUGUGGAAUCGACAGUAGCCGAAAUUCUAGGGAAGGCAAAGGAGAACGUCCCAGUAUUUACUGUUUCAAAAGAGAAGAAACGAUUAUUUGGUUUUCGUGGAACAAAACUAAAAUCGGUGGGAGUUUUGAAAGUUCUGAAAGCGCAUAAGAGCACAAUUCCAAGCAUGCUAAAGUAUAUGAGUGGGGGGUGUUCACUGGAUCUCAUGGUUGGGAUUGAUUGCACGAUUGCAAAUGAUGAGAGAGGGUCAGAUAAGAACUUGCACUAUACCACAAGCCAGUGGCUGAAUGAUUAUCAAGCUGGUAUACAAAAACUGGGCUCGAUUGUUGAGAACUUUGCCCGCGGAAGGAAUUCCAGUGUGUGGGGCUUGGGACCAAAGAUUAAUGGAAAGACUCAAGACUUGCAUUUGUUCGACGAUAAGCUGGUCACAGGCAAGGAUUUGUUGGAUUCGUACGAUCGGAACAUCGCCAACAAUGAAAAUUUCCAACAGGGACUGUCAACGAAAUUAAAACCUCUGAUCGAAGAAGCUACAUUUCUUACUAUCCGAAAUUGUAGGCACCGACAAUGCUACACUAUUUUGACAGUCUUCACUGCAGGUGAUAUCAUUGAUUUGCAGGAGACGAUCGGCCUCCUAUGUAGAGCAGCAGAAGAUGCUCCCAUCUCCAUUAUCGUUGUUGGGGUUGGGAAUCGAGACUUUUCGGCAAUCGAAAAGCUUUGCCGCACCGACUUCAAGGCGAUGCUCCGAGACGCUCGAGGGAUCCCGAUAGCUAGAGAUAUCAUCUCGUUUGUCAGUUUCAAGCAGUUUGGGGGCAAUGCAAAUGAAGUGAUUUUACAGGCCCUAAAGGUGAUCCCGGAACAACUGGUAACCUACUUUACCAUCAAUGGUAUCAAGCCAUUACCACCGGUAUCUUCACCUGACUAUGGUGUACUCAUUGAUAACAUGUCCAAAAAUUCGAAAAGUAUCAAGUCAAAAGUAAGCAAGGCAUCCAAACAAAGCCGCUCCCCCAAAGCAACCCGUGAAAACGAAGGACUUGGUCCGAACAAUGGUCGACAACGCUAG